CCAAGUCCUAUCUAUCUGUAAUCCUUCAUUCUUCAGAUAGAGAAAGAGAGAAAUGGACUUUUUGGAGAGAGAGUAAAAGUAGUGCGAGAAAGACGAUCAGUGACUGAAGAAGAUCACUCACUCUCACACCCUCUCUGGAGAUCUCAUCGGCCGAUCUUUUCUUCCCCACCUGUCGUUGUUAUCUUUGCUGAUCGUUGAAAUCUGAUACAAUGGGUGCUUCGGGGAGGUGGAUUAAAGCAUUGGUUGGUUUCACGAAAUCUGAUAAGUCAAGGUCUUCAAAAAAAGAUGACAAUGUAAAGAUUGCCACCAAGAGCCGGUUUGGGAGAAAGAAUUCAGUUGAUUUUGACGCUGAAAAAUUUCAAGACGGAUUUGAAGAUUCCAAUGCGCAUAGUAUGAUAGAUACUGGUGUCUCUACUUCGACUUCACUACAAUCAUAUGGUGCAGCUUAUGAAGAGCAAAGGAAAGAACAUAGAGCUGCGACACGCAUCCAAACAGCUUAUAGAGGAUUUCUGGCUAGAAGGGCUUUACGAGCGUUGAAGGGAUUGGUUAGACUUCAAGCUCUUGUCAGAGGACACGCGGUGAGGAAACAAGCAGCGGUAACGCUUCGAUGCAUGCAAGCGUUAGUAAGAGUUCAGGCUCGUGUACGCGCAAGACGUGUUCGUCUUGCCUUGGAAAGUGAAACGGGUCAGCAGACACUUCAGCAACAGCUAGCUGAUGAAGCCCGAGUUCGAGAAAUAGAGGAAGGUUGGUGCGAUAGCAUUGGAUCUGUUGAACAAAUACAAGCAAAGCUGGUAAAGAGGCAGGAAGCUGCAGCUAAGCGUGAGAGGGCUAUGGCAUAUGCUUUGACUCACCAGUGGCAAGCGGGAACUCGGCAGUUAUCUGCGCACAGUGGCUUUCAACCUGACAAAAACAACUGGGGAUGGAACUGGUUGGAAAGAUGGAUGGCUGUUCGUCCAUGGGAGAACCGGUUUCUUGACAGUAACCUCAGGGAGGAUACGACAUUAGUUGAAAACAAUGUGGAGCAGUCUGAGAAUUUGCAUAAAACGCAGAUGAGAAAUGCAAGCAAAAUGCCAAACACUUCAACUCUUGUAUCCGGUGUUUCAAGUCAGAAGGCAACCGGGCCAUCUCUGUCGGAUAGUAAUUCGUCUUCUCCUGGAAUAUCUUCAAGCAUUCCAGUGGUAUCCAAGGCUAAGUCAAAGCUUGCUAAAGACGAUCUUGCUGUAGAAGUUAACUCAAAACCUGGCGCUGGUCCAAGAUCGCACAGCAAUCCGAAAGAAAGAUCAAGAGAGCCAAUUAGAUCUUCAAAGGAACGAUUAUCUCUGCCAAACAGUGGAAGAUCCUCAGGAUCUCAGUCAGCUAAAGCCAGCCGAGCGGGAAAACUCACACCAACAUCUCAUAAAGUAGUCGAGGAGAAAACUGCCCAAAACCAGAGAAGACGUAAUUCCGAUCCAAUAAAACAGAGGCUCGCAUAGCCAUGUUAAGUGUACAUACACAGGUUCUGAUGAAAUGAAAGAAAAAUGAUAAAGACAAAAAUCAUGGAAGAACAGAAUGGGUUUCAAAACUCGAGAGAGCUGCUUGGUUCAUCGAACAAGAAGAGAACAGCGUCUUUCUGCUUUCAUUGUUGUCGUUAUUUAUGUUAGCCAUCCCUUUUUUGUCCAUGAUUCUCUGUGGAUUCAUAUAUAUGGACCGGUAAGUAGUCUUAUAAUUUUAAGUAAGGUGUUUGGGGUAUAUUUGUGAAACAGUUUUUGUUGGGAGAACAGACCAUGCUGCUCGUGGCCCUCCCAAUGUGAUUAUAUAGAGUUCGUUGUUUUGUAUACA